GAGUUGAUGAGUUCCCACUCUGAGAAGCUUCUGGAGAUGGAGCUAGAGCUGAGGUCUCUGAGGACUGUCCGAGAGGAGGUAGAGACACUCAGAGGAACCGUAGAGAGUAUCCGCUCCAGGGUCGCCACGCUAGAAGGAGGACGGGGCGGGUCCAACCCAGCCACACACACACUAGGUGAGUUACCCUGAAUUCUCUCUCUCUCAACACUUGUCUUGUGAAUGCUGUUAUUCUUUACCACUUUACUGCCACUAAAACCUGUAAUCCUGAACUCUUUUAGGAGUUGCUCAAAGUGUAAUGUGACAUUGGACCAAUCUGAUAUGCUCAAAGUCUGAAACUACAUUAUGAACAAAGCAAUGAUUGAAAAAACAGUGCUUUUAUGGACUGACAUAAAAGGGGAUCGCCAUUGAAAUAGCUUUUUAGUCAAGAGUAGAGAGAAGUCCAGAGUGGUGCAUACAUACAGGGCUCUUAUUCCAUUGACUUGCUAUUGUUUCUCUGCAUGUUCUUUAGAGACACAGCUCUCCCGUCAUGACGACAUGCUGAGCGUCCAUGAGAUCCGCCUGGCAGACAUGGACCUGCGCUUCCAGGUCCUAGAGACGGCCUCCUUCAAUGGGACGCUCAUCUGGAAGAUCCGUGACUACAAGCGGCGGAAACAAGAAGCCGUGGCGUCAAAGACCCUAUCUCUUUACAGCCAGCCUUUCUAUACUGGCUACUUUGGCUACAAGAUGUGUGCCCGGGUCUACCUGAACGGAGACGGCAUGGGGAAGGGAACACACCUGUCUCUGUUCUUCGUGGUGAUGCGUGGCGAGUACGACGCCCUGCUGCCCUGGCCCUUUAAGCAGAAGGUGACCUUGAUGCUGAUGGAUCAGGGCCCAGCCAGGAAGCACCUAGGGGAUGCCUUCAAACCAGACCCCAACAGCAGCAGCUUCAGACGGCCAACGGCAGAGAUGAACAUAGCCUCGGGCUGCCCGCUGUUCGUGGCCCAGACUGUGCUGGAGAUCGGUACUUACAUCAAGGACGAUACCAUCUUCAUUAAGGUCACAGUUGACACGUCUGACCUCCCUGACCCCUGA